AAUAAUAGUAGUAAUAAUAAUAAUAAUGAUAAUAAUAAUAAUAAUAAUAAUAAUAAUAAUAAUAAUAAUAAUAAUAAUAAUGAUAAUAAUAAUAAUAAUAAUAAUAAAUACAAUAAUAAUAAUAAUAAUAAUAAUGAUAAUAAUAAUAAGGACAAUAGUAAUAAUAAUAAUAAUAAUAAUAAUAAUAAUAAUAAUAAUAAUAAUAAUAAUAAUAAUAAUAAUAAUAAUAAUAAUAAUAAUAAUAUUAAUGAUAAUAGUAAUAAUAAUAAUAAUAAUAAUAAUAAUAAUAAUAAUAAUAAUAAUAAUAAUAAUAAUAAUAAUAAUAAUAAUGAUAAUAAUAAUAAUAAUAAUAAUAAUAAUAAUAAUAAUAAUAAUAAUAAUGAUAAUGAUAAUAAAAAUAAUGAUAACGAUAAUGAUAAUAUUAAUAAUAGUAAUAAUAACGUUGAUAAUCAUAAUAUUGAUAAUAGUAAUAAUAACGUUGAUAAUCAUAAUAUCAAUUAUAAUAAUAGUAAUAAUAAUAAUAGUAGUAAUAAUAAUAAUAAUGAUAAUAAUAAUAAUAAUAAUAAUAAUAAUAAUAAUAAUAAUAAUAAUGAUAAUAAUAAUAAUAAUAAUAAUAAAUACAAUAAUAAUAAUAAUAAUAAUUAUAAUAAUAAUAAGGACAAUAGUAAUAAUAAUAAUAAUAAUAAUAAUAAUAAUAAUAAUAAUAAUAAUAAUAAUAAUAAUAAUAAUAAUAAUAAUAAUAAUAAUAAUAAUAAUAAUAAUAUUAAUGAUAAUAGUAAUAAUAAUAAUAAUAAUAAUAAUAAUAAUAAUAAUAAUAAUAAUAAUCUUCUCUUGCCUCCUCCCUCCUCUGCCUCUGAAGCCAUAACCCUGUCAUCAACAUACAGCAGUUCACAUCCACCAGAUCUCCGAUGGACAUCCUCACAGAAUCCAUCAACUGCACAAACAAUUCUCCCAGAAAUUAUCACUUAUGUUCCAGCUCCUUCGUUUAUUCUUUCUUCCCUCGCACCCAAAACUUCCCAGAGUCUCAGCAUACUCGUCGUCCUCACGACUAAAUCUGUCCCGAGUCCUUCAGAGAAAGACCCGAAAACACACAUCUCACUGAACACACGAGCGGACAGCUUUGGAGACGAACGGCAGGUGUUGAGCUUCCAACUUCUCAGCUUCUCCGCAAAGGUUAGCCGGACUUCGGGAAAAGGGCGAGAAGCACUGGGAUUUAUUCAGGUGCUCGGAGAGGAGUCGCCCGGGAUGGCGACGGAGCAGCGUGCCAUUAGCGGCUCUGCGAGUGGCGUCAGUGAGAUCAGAGGAGGCAAGAAUUCCGAGGUGUGUCACCGAGAAGCACUCGCUCCAUGA